GACGUUUUUUAAUGUGCCGUUGAUGUGCUUAAACGUUUCAUCUACGGUCACACUGCAGCCAAGACGAAAAAAGACGCGAGAAGAUGCAUAGAAUAUAAACAACGGUGUACUAUGCGACCGUAUAAAUAUUUGAGAUUACAUACUGGAAAAUGGAAGCAAUAUCGAAGAUUCCCCUGAUAUUGUGUGCCUUGUUCGUCGUGGUCAACGCCGCAGUGGCCAUUAGUGGCGACAGCACAUACUGUCAGGCCACAUACAGUAGCGCUGAGGCGUUACUAGCCCAAACCCCUCAGCAGCAUCGUCCGCAGACCAGGCCCAGGACCAGGAUCUGGCAGGAGCAAGAGUUCUCCUUGCUGGGCUACAAGUUCCACCUGCCGUUCGUGGGACAUGCAGUGGACUCGGAUCUAGAUGAUAGUGACAGUGAUGAGGGUCUGUGGCUGGACGGCCUGGACGCCGGAUCGGAGAGCGUGGAGGUAGAAGAGCAUGAACUCUCUGCGAUUGGUGAAGUGGAUCCCAAGGCCAAUGUGUUCAAGCUGAAGUGCGAGCAUGUGGGCCUGUGGCAAGUGAACCAGGAGAUUCUCUCUCCGCGGAGUUCGCUCAUCAACUACCACCAGCUGAUGCUGGUCCAUGUGCCUGCGGAUAUCAGUAAUCCCCUGAAGCUGCCGCAGAACGAGAGCGUCAGAGAGUUCUCCUGGCAGGACAGUAACCUAAAAGAUGAGCCUCUCAGGGAGCUCUUCACUCGCCAACCGCACUGCUUCGAGUACAUGGAAAGGCUGAAUCUUGUUGAGAACCACUUAGAGUGUCUCCAUUGGGUCGUUCCGCAGGUCACGCGUCGCCUGAAAGUACUUAAAAUGAGUGGUAAUCGGCUGUCCAACUGCAGACUUGUGAACUUGCAGCACAUGAAGCAACUGGAGGAGCUUUACUUGGACAGGAAUGAGAUAAGCUCCUUACCGCAGCGCUUCCUGGGCGAGCUCAGCGAACUGCGCAUGCUGAAUCUCAGCCAGAAUUUGCUGACAGAGCUUCCUCGGGAUAUUUUUGUAGGAGCCCUUAAGUUGGAGCGGCUCUAUCUCUCCGGAAACCGGUUGAGCGUCCUGCCAUUCCAGCUUUUCCAAACAGCACGCGACCUUCAAGUGUUGGACCUCAGCGAUAACCGCCUGCUCUCCUUUCCGGACAACUUUUUUGCCCGCAACGGGCAGCUCCGUCAGCUGCACUUGCAACGAAAUCAGCUUAAGUCCAUCGGCAAGCACAGCCUGUACAGUCUGCGCGAACUGCGGCAGUUGGACCUUAGCCAGAACUCUCUGACCAUCAUCGAUCGCAAGGCUUUCGAGUCCUUGGACCAGUUGCUGGCGCUGAACGUAUCCGGCAACAACCUGACCCUGCUGUCUUCCAUCAUCUUCCAGUCGCUGCAUGCCCUCAGGCAGUUGGAUCUCAGUCGGAAUCAGUUCAAGCAACUACCUAGCGGAUUGUUUCAGAGGCAGCGCUCUCUGGUGUUGCUACGCAUCGAUGAUACGCCCAUUGAGCAGUUUUCCAACUGGAUUUCGCGUUAUGAUGAGUCGCUUGUGGACCCGCAGGUUCUUCAUCGCUUGCGUUACCUUUCCUUGCAGCAGAACAGGCAACUAACUCGGUUACCCGCCACACUGUUCGCCAAUACUCCCAAUAUAAGGGAGCUGCUGCUAGCAGAAAAUGGAUUGCUUCAGCUGCCCACCCAGAUCUCAGGGCUGUCACGACUGCAGCGACUCAGUGUCCGUGGGAAUAGCUUGGGAUCGUUGCCAGAAGGCAUCAAGGAGCUCAGACAGCUGCACUACCUCAAUAUCUUGGGAAACGAGUAUCAGUGCGACUGCAGCAUGUAUUGGCUGACCGCCUGGCUGGCUAAUACCAGCACUAGCCUGCGCCAUUUGCCGCCCCAGGCACAGACUAACAAUGCUAGUCCCAGCCAGACUCCGCUUGACUCGUACGAGAGCAUCGACACCCAAAUCGAUGCACUGAAGUGUCAGUACGGCUAUCCCGGCGAUAUGCUUCGCGUGCUGAGCAAUCUCAACUGCUCGGUGCCCUCGGUGGUGCAGUUCUCAGAGCCCAAGAUGCACAAGCUCCUCUCCACGGCCAAGCUGGAGUGCCAAAUUUCUGGCAGUCCAGUACCAGACAUCAUAUGGGUUACUCCCCGCUUUAAAAUUUUGCGGCACCAUGCUGAUCCUGACAAGCGGCCGAUUAUAAUCGAUAGUAAGGAGGAAGCUCACCAGCCACCGAGCGCGAAGGAGCUGGCUGCCCUGAUGGACGAGAGUUACAUCCAGUCCCUGAACUUGACACGUCAGCAGAACUUAGUGGGUCAGCGUGUGGUACUGGUGGAGAACGGAUCGCUGCUGGUGCACAAUAUUUCCAGAAUUGACAGUGGCAUGUACACAUGUUAUGCCUUCAAUGUGAUGGGCAAGGCCUCGGCAGUAUUACGACUGUACAUCGAUCCUAUUGUGUUCUACCGGGUGAAGAUCGGCAGCAUACUGUUUGGCACGGCUUUGGCUACAGCAUUCCUGCUACUAACCCUGAUGGUACAGGGACUGAGAAGCUGCUUGUCACGCUGGGGAAUAUGCAAUCGCUUCUACUGCUGCGUCAAUCGAAACAAGAAGUCCCCGCGGCCACGUCAAAUAUACGCCAUGCUAGACAGCAUUGAAACCUACAAAAGUCUGCAGCUGGAGAGACUGCGCGAAAACUACGCCCAGCAAGUGCACCGCAUCCGGGAGAAUUGCGCCCAGCAGGUGGAAUGGAUUCAGAGCAGUUACACCAGCCAGGCCAAGCACAUCCGAGAGUUCCGCGAUAUAGGCUCUAAUCAUCUUACUACGCUGAAGGACCAAUACUAUGAUCAGGUAAAGAAGGUGCGCGACUACUCAACUGGCCAGUUGAGCUGGGUGCGAGAAAACUAUGUCUUCCAAAGGAACAAAAUCCGGAAGUUUAGUGCCCACCAGGUGCUGCGCCUCAGGGAAGGAUACAAAUACCAACAGCAGACUCUAAACAAGGUGCUGGAAAACCUGCCCAGUUUCUACUUUGAGAAUUGUCGCGGACGAUGUGAGGAAGACCUUGCCGAGGACCUAGACUGCUAUUUCAAAGGCCAAAUGGACUUUGCUGGCUCCAAGGAGCUGCACAUACAAAAAAUUAAAGCGCGCCUCUCUGCCAAUUACUCAGCCAGCAAGGCGUCGAUUUACUAUACACCACCAGACGUCGAUAUGAUGCAUAGCUCGCAACUUAAUUUGCAGACCUCACCCAUCCACAUCAACUACAUUGAUGAGAAUCUUGACCAGCAAAAGCAGCUAGAGCACGACUUCAAAAUGGAACCUCAGCUACUGCUUUACAAUGCCCCGCUUCUCUAUCUGAACCCCGAAGGAGCAAGCAGCAGCGGGCAUGCGGCGGCCGUGGCGGCAGCAGUUGCUUUGUCUCAGUGCAUAAGCGUGGAGGACAAUAACCAAGAGCAGGAGAUGCAGCCACUAAGAAAGCCCUGUGGUAUCCAAGAGGAGCUGCCCAAACUGAAGGACGCGAACGAAGUGAAGAACUCGAAAUCUUGCCCGGCCAUUUACAAAGUGUCCAAACAGCAAGACGGCAGCACUCUCCAUGAGCUGCAAAAGGAGGGCGAAGCCCCCUACCAAAUGCUCCGCCUAAAUCCUGUGGAGACCACUUCGCCGACAUCGACUGUGGGCCUUGCAAUGCCGGCGAAGAUAGAGAAGCUGAACAUAAUCCUGGAUGAAUGUGGCAAUGGAACGUCUAGUGAGACUCCCCCAUCCGAGUCCAGUUGUGAGUCUAACAGCUUGGACGCCAGUUGCAGUGAUGUCUGUCAGUAUAGCAGCAAGAUGGCAAACGCGUCACCAUCAUCCCCUCCACCCAAGGCAGCCCCUGCCAGCACCUAGAGAUUUUUUUAAAUUUUAAAUUAGUAAUUAUAAUAAAAUGUAACGAAAAUAUAAAUUGUAAAGAUGUAAGUUAAUCAAAA